GUCCGCGAUGAAGUUCAACAGCUAUCUGCGUGCGAUCACGCACACGAAAGAUCGCACGCUCUUCCGGUACUUCCUGCUGGCCGCGCUGCGCGUGGGGCUGGUGUUCGUGCCGCAGACCGGCUACAUCCACCCGGACGAGUUCUUCCAGACGCUGGAGCCGAUGGCGGGCGACGAGUUCCAGCUGGAGGUGUCGCGGCCGUGGGAGUACAACGCCACGUUCCCCAUUCGCAGCGUCGUGGCGCCGCUGUGCGUGAUCAAGCUGCCCUUCAACGUGCUGCGCCUGCUCAACCUGUACUCGUCGCACUUCCUGGGCCUGAGCCUCAUCUCCAGCUACAGCAUCCUCGUGUUCCCGCGCCUGUGCGUGUGCCUGCUGUCCUUCGUGUGCGACUACAGUCUGUUCCGCAUGUGCCGCGUGUACGGGCUGCGCCCCGAGAUGCGGCUGCUGGUGCUGGGCAGCUCGUACGUGAUGCUGGUGUUCGGCACGCGCACGUUCAGCAACACCGUGGAGAUGAUCCUCACGUCCUUCCUGCUCUGCGUCGUGGCCGAGUGCAUGCUGCUGUCCAACUCGGUGAUCAAGCAGGCGGAGAUGCUGCAGGACAAAUACCGCGCGGCCACGCGCAUCGUGGAGCGCGUGAGGAUCUUCAAGCUGAAGAGCGCGCUGCCGUCGCACAGCUUCAAGCGCUGCUUCCUCCUGUCCAGCCUGUGCGUCGUGGGCGUCUUCAACCGGCCCACGUUCAUCUUCUUCGGCAUGCCGAUCGUCUUCUUCUGGCUGCUGCGCGGCCUCGGCUCGCGCUCCGUCACCUUCCUGGACUUCAACGUGCGCGUGGGGCUCUUUGUGCUGGCCUCCGUGCCGGCGCUGCUCGUGUGCACGCUCGUGGACUCUCUCUACUUCGGCUACUUGACGCCCGAGGAGAUCGAGAAGCUGGAGAUCGGCAUCGACAACUUCGUCUUCACGCCGCUGAACUUCAUCCGCUACAACAUCAAUCCGCGCAACACGGCGCAGCACGGCCUGCAUCCCUGGUAUCUGCACAUCCUGGUCAACAUUCCGCUGCUCUUCAACAUCCUGGGCGUGCUGACCAUCGCGGCAGCGAUUCUCUUCGUUGUCCGCUUCUCACGCGGCGAGUACUCUUCCCUGCCGCGAGCGCAGUCCAUCCUGGGCCUGAUGGCGGUGGCUUCGGUGACACCGACGCUCCUCCUGUCGCUGAUCAAUCACCAGGAGGCGCGAUUCCUCAUUCCCGUGCUGCUGCCGAUCGUCCUGCUGCACGCGCCGAAGCUCCAGACUGGCCUCUUCACCGACAAUCCGUUCCGGCGGCGCAACUUCCUCACCAACUUCCUCUACGACAAGCUCCUGAGCGUGGAAGCGGCCAGGAAGUACCUGAAGAUCUGGUACGUGGUGAACAUCCUCUGCACGCUCUUCUUCGGCUUCCUGCACCAGGGCGGCGUGCUGCAGCUCACCACUCACUUCGCGAAGGAGCUGGAGACGCGCGGCAACGAUGUGAACAUCCACCUGGUCACCAGCCACCUCUACAGCGUGCCCAUGAGCGUUCUGCGCAUCCCCAGCAGCAAGCUGCUGUACACGAAUCCGUACAACGGGCAGAAGUACAAGCGCGAGAAGCGCUUCUUCCUCUACGAGUACGGUGGCAUGGACAUGCGCAUGCUGUACCGGCGGCUGAAGCUCAUCCUGGACAUGAGCGAGCUGAAGCUUGUGGGCAGGAAGCAGAAGUACGCGCUGUUCCUCGCCAUUCCCUCCAGCCUCACGGACGAUCUGAACGUGGCCUUCUACGCCAGCAACAGCACGCUGAUGCGGCACAAGCAGGUGAAGGUCUUCUAUCCGCAUCUGUCCACCGAGGCCAUGCCCAGCGCCUUCGUGCGCCAUCCCUGCGAGGUCAACACGGACUUCUUCGAGAUCGACGACACGUGCAGUGCGUACGAGGACGAGGAGGCGUACUCCCUGGACGCGCUGCUCAGGCGAUUCUCCUCGGUCAUCCAUCAAUUCGGGCUGGUGCUGUAUCGCAUUGAGGUGGCCAGGAAGGGCUCGUGAAGUGCUCUGCAGAGUGAUAUUUCUAGUCUUUGACGCCUUUCUUAUGCAUUCUACCGACUGUCCGGUGAAUAUUCUUACGCCUCCCGUGGAAAUCCGAA